AUGACAAUUUCAAAUCUACCAAAAAUUGAAUGUAUUGCAAGAGCAAGACUACCUACCACUACUGGUGGCCCAGACAUAUUCUUACAUCUAUAUAGAAAUGAUAGAGAUGACAAAGAACAUCUGGCCAUAGUGUUCGGCGAAGAUAUAAGGUCAAGAUCUCUUUUCAAAAGGAAAUCCCAAAAUGAAACUCAACAAGAUAGAAUGAUAAGAGGAGCUUACGUAGGUAAACUAUACCCUGGAAGAAAAUCUGCAGAUGUCGAUGAAAACUUGAAUCUAAAAUUAGAAUUCGACCAAAAAACAGGCGAACUUUUGUUCGACGAAAGAACUACCUGGAAUAGAUCAAAUAACACCCUAGUAAGAAUACAUUCGGAAUGUUACACCGGUGAAAACGUCUGGUCUGCAAGAUGUGAUUGUGGUGAACAACUAGAUCGUGCCGGAAGAUUAAUCGCUGUGGAUAACGAAGAACACACUAAUAUCAAAGGUGGUGACGGACAUGGUGUCAUAGUCUAUCUAAGACAAGAAGGCCGUGGUAUAGGUCUAGGUGAAAAGUUGAAAGCUUACAAUUUACAAGAUUUAGGUGCAGAUACUGUUCAAGCAAAUAUAAUGUUAAAUCACCCUCCUGAUUUAAGAGAUUUCUCAAUAGGUAAAGCUAUUUUGAUUGAUUUAGGAAUAAGUAACAUAAGAUUACUAACAAAUAACCCAGAUAAAAUUGAUCAAAUCAACUCCCCUCCAGUACUAAACUGUACCGAAAGAGUACCAAUGAUCCCAAUUAACUGGUUGGGCGAUGAGAAAGGUAUAAAAUCAAAAGAACUAGAAGGUUACCUAAAGACUAAAAUCGAAAAAAUGGGUCACCUCUUACAAAAACCUUUGAUUUUGCACCAUCAUCCAAAUGAAAAGGAAGAAGUUUCAGCAAACACAAUAGCAUAG